GUGUAAUAAGAAUCAGGCGACCAUAUCGUUCUCUCCGCACCUGGGUUUACAAUAUAGAAGAGGUAACACCGGAACGAAUUCUUGAGAUCGCAUAAAGGCAGGUGAGGGAAGGAAGGAAACAGCCAAUGUCGGAGGCAAGGGGCAGAAGGAUUCACCCGGAGCACGAGCUUGUGCUGAUGAUGCAGCAAGACCCUUUCUUCUGCAGCGCAUGUAGACAGAUCGGGUUCGGAUCGGCUUAUGGUUGCAAGUUGUGCCUCGUCCUUGUCCACAGAAAGUGUAUGUACCCGCCUCCGAAGGCACAGCACCCUCUUCAGGACAACUGCAGGCUCGAGUAUAAUCCUCAAACCUCAGGAUUAUUUAACGCAUGCAAUUCCUACAGAAACCAGUGAUGCCUGCACUUUCUGCGGGGCAUGCUCAAUGCCUCUUCACGGUGGCACGUACGGCUCCAACGCAGCCACUUUCCACCCGCCUUGCCUCCACCUCGAGAAGUCCAUAAACGUUAACAAUGUUGAGCUCCAUCUCGUGGCAUCCUGUGCCUCGGUUUGUAACUGGUGCAAGAAGAAGUCGAUCAGCCGAAACAAGGUCCAAAUCCCCAGUUGGUGGUACGUGUCUAUGUGCGCGAACCACAACUUCCAUGUGGGGUGCGUGAGGAGCAUGAUGGUGGAGAGCUGGAAGAACGGCAACAUCGCUUUCACCGAUGAGGACGACAAUGAUGGCAAGACCUCGAUGAGUGCUGAGAUGCCUGGAAAACAGAAAGGCAAGAAAAGAGGGUUUGUCCGGAGGACAAUAUUUAAGGUUCCUAUCGUUGCCGGGAUAUCGGCAAUAUUUGGAGACCCAACUGGGAUUUCCGGCAACGUGCUGUACAACCUAGGAUCAAAGUUGUUUGGACGUCUCUUGAUUUCUGGUCGUUGAUUAGGUCUAGUGCUUCAGCCCGAGCUCAACUGUUUAUGUAAGUUGUGAAUAACAACAUGCUGUGUAAAGGAUCUGCUGUUCCUGCGGAGGAUCAUGAUGUCUUAUUACGUUUGGUACUCGCGAGACUUGUUAUAUACUAGAAUUUUAUGAGGAACGAUCGUAGACAGUAUAAUGCUGGUAUCUAACGGUUGAGGUUGUCUAUUGGUGAACUUUUUU